UGCGUUUGGGAGGUGAUUCAGCUACUGGAUUCAGGUGUGUUUAAUCAGGGAGAUAUCUAAGAGUUACAGGACACCGGCUCUCCAGGACCAGGAUUGGUCACCCCUGGAGUAGUUUGACCUUUUUUGGUGGCUGAAUAUCGAGUUUCAUAACAGGGGGAUCUGACAAUGUUUGAAUUUAACUGGAGCAUUUUGAUUCUGGGAGGCUGAUUGUUGGAUGGGAAUCAGGCAGCGCCGCAGCCCGAUGUUGGUUCAAACCAUCCAGAGCGUCUCCAUCGUCGCUAUCAUCGUUAACUUGGUCAUCAUGAAGGCUGCCAACAUCCUCCUGCUCUGCAUGCUGGGAGCCGCUCUGCUGUCCACGGUCCUCUGCCACAGUGGAAAUAUGCCGGCCGACUGCUGCUUCAGUUUCGUCAAACAGCGCAUGGACAAAAAUCUCAUGUCUUCAUAUCACAAGACUGAUCACCGCUGUUCAUUGAGUGGAAUCAUUUUAACAACAAAAAGAGGACGCUCCAUCUGUGUGGAUCCAGAGCAGCCCUGGGUCAACACCAUUAUUGACUUUCUGAACAAAAAGCCCCGUUAAAGGAUCUGCCUGCUGUCCAUCUUCAUCAGAUCAUAUGAAGGUUUAUAAAAGGUCUGUGGGAGAGUGAUUAUAAUUUUGGCAUUCGAUUUUGGUUCAAGUAAUUAUUGUUUACGCUAAAAUUUGUACAACACCUGCUAUCCUACAGAACUGACUGUAGUGGUGUUAAUGAUUGUUGUUUUUUCCACCUUUUUUUUGCUUUUCUAUUCUAUUUUUCUGUAAUCAAACACAAAGUCUUCUGGAUGUUUCCUUUGGUUGUUGCAUGUUUUCUUUUACUUGAUUUUAUUCUAAAAUAAAUGUAACUUUUGUCAAA